AGGACGGGUUUCGCCGCGAUCGAGUGUGUCGAUUUACGCAGCACGCGGCACACCGGCGACCAUCCUUCACCGUUUUUCAGCUUUUCAGCGUUGAAUGCACGCUUCGGAAGCCGUUCAACAACAACUAAAGGACGACUGGGAUAAUCGCGAGUUUGAGCAGAGCUCUCUUGCCGCACAAAACUAGCGACUCUCAGCGACAAGCUUAACCUUUUGGAACGAAAGGUCGAAUUUCUUGAAGCCCGUGUCACCAAAGGAGAUACUCUUUCGUAAUAAUGUCUGCAACUGCCGGAAGAGUCGUCCGUGCCGGACAACACGCCGUUCGCACCGUCGCUCCAAUCAAAUCCAACAAUUCCGCCGAGGCACGCAUGUCGGUUCUCGCCGCUUAUAAGGAGUUCCAACGUCUCACUCCAAAGUUCUGGUGGGAUUUCGGACUUCAUGAUAUGCCGCUCGGCGUGUUCCGUGCUGUCAUCAAGAAGCAAUUCACAAAGAACGGACAUCUCACCGAUGUUCGUGUCGUUGACAGACUUGUCGGAGAAACUCAUCAGCACAUGAAAUCGAUCCGUUACGCAUUCUACAACCCGGAUCACGUGCGCAACUACCUGUUCGCUGAAAAUGUCGAAGCCAAGCCAAAGGACUUCCUCUCCAAAUUCCUCAACGGAAAGGAAUAGAUUUUUUAUUUUUCAGUGUUUUAUGUGUAAUUGUAAAGUAAAUUCUCGUAUUUUAAAUCGAAUCGGCUGAUACUAGAAGGAAUAAAAUCUGAUUUUU